UAUUUUAUUAACACGCAUAGAAUAAGCCCUAAAUAUCGGAACAUUUUAGUAUGUUAAUAUUUUUGGCGUGCAUCUUACUACUGUAGAGUGAAAUAUAUACUAAAUAUUUCACUGUAAAUCUAUUCAUAAAACAAAUUUAUGACGGAGCCCCCGAAUUUGUACGCACUGAGCAUGCGUAGAAAGAGAGCCCUGCGUUUCCGGUUUCCCACCAAAACAGGGUCCGGUGCUGAUCCGUCUGUGUGAAGUGAAUGCCCCCUUUUUCCCUUUUGAUAUUUAGCAGGACACCGAGACGGAGAAAUGUCGGAGUCUUCUCGCUUCCAUUCGCAGCUGGCCUCCAUUAUGGAGGCGCUGGCGAACGCCGCGGUGGCGGAGAUCUGUGAGUUGGUGGAUGACGGAUACGCCGUGCUGCGUUUGGAGAUCUCUCGGCGGGAGAAAGAGAAUGAGGGUUUACGGAGGAAGCUGCUCGCUUUGGAGUUAAGAGCGGCGCGAGAGAAGGCGCAGCGUUCCGGCAGCUGGGCGCGUGAGGAACGGAUUGAACCGCGUGCUGAACCCCAUUGUCGUGUGAAGCCAAGCCCCCGGUCACGAGCAACUGUUUGCAUUCACGAGGAACCCCACACAUCUCCGCCAGUGACUCAAGUCCUUCAAGCGGAGCCAAAAGAGGAAUGUGAGGAUGUUCUGAUUGUAGAAAGUGCAAGCUUCCAGGCACAGGACGGUGGUCGCUCUGCCACUGAUGGACAGGUCAUCCAGCCAAUAGGAAGAGAUGAGCUGGAAGAGCAAAACUUGUUUGGACAGAGAAUAGAGGCCGUGGAACAGUCCCACCCUAACACACACUCACUCUCAGACUCCAUUACACAUGACACACACACCCCUGAUAACCACAGCCACACUCUCACUCCCACGUGCUCAUACUCCUUGCCCUCUGAGCCUUUAUCAGCACACACUGCUGCAGUAGAUGCACAUGUACCAGACACACCGUUUUCGCUUCAUGGAACAGAACACGCUCCGCACAUGCACAACUCACAAACGGCCCUUCCUGCCCAUGCCCCACUUCCGGUCAUCGCUACGGACACAGGGCCAGGAAGUCUGGGGGGUGGAAGUCUGUUUGUGUGUCCAUUCUGUGGGAAAUCGCUAGCGUCCCUGAAGAACCUGAAGAUCCAUGUGCGUGUUCACACUGGGGAGAAGCCGUUCGCCUGUGCCCAGUGUGGGAAACGUUUCUCAGACUCCAGCAACCUCAAACGGCACCAGAGUGUACACACGGGCGAGAGACGGUACAGAUGCUCUCACUGUGGGAAGGGCUUUGCCCAGUCAGGAUCACUCAAAGUGCACCUCACCAUCCACACAGGGCAGCGGGGGGUCCGCUGUGCUGUGUGCGGCAAAACCUUUAUCUCAAAUGCACAUCUCAGAAACCACAUGAGUCAUUCUCACACAGCAAAAUGAGAUGUCCAUUUAAAGGAGUACUUCAGAGUUUUUUUGUCUUUGUGUCUUGUCAAAAGUACUGACCAGUUCAGUCAUUUUUUUAUUGAGGCAGUGAUCAGUAACUUUGCUACUUAAAGGAGAAUUCCAUUGAUUUUUCAAAUGUUCUGUUUAAUUAAAUGUUUAAGAUGAAAACAAAGUCAUUCACAGUGACUUAUUGUGUUGGCAAUAGGAACCAAGUGUCUGCCUCUAACUUUCUGUGAGGAAGCUUAUUACAUGAAAUGGUGGAAAGAUACAUUUAGGGUAUUGCAAAGUAAAAUAGUACCCAAAGAAAACCUUUUUUUGAAGACUGUUUUAUCAUUUAUCAUAUGCUCAUUAGAACCUGUGUAGGUUCACUGGAGGUUUUGGGUAGUAAAAACCAUGGCAAUGUGUUGUACGCAAUGUGUUGCACGCAGUAUCUGGUUCCUGUUGGUAAGUUUCUCUACCAUUAUUACAUCAAACCACUCUGAAUGACUUGUUUACAUCCCAACCAGUGAACUACAUAGACAUCUUUAAAAAAUCCUUUAAUUGUGCAUGAAUGCGUGCACCAGUUUAUGCAGUGGCAGAAGAUAUUUCACCUCUGUGCUCAACACAUUUGACCAUCACUGGGUACUCCACAAGAAAACUAGACCCAAGAAUUAUACAGAUUAAAACACAUGUUCUUGCACGCACACACAUUUUCUAAGCCGCUUAUCCUUCUGGGUCAUGGGGGGAGCUGGAGCCUAUUCCAGCAGUCAAUGGGCAGAAGCCAGGAAACACCCUGGACAGGUUGCCAAUCCUUCGCAGGGAGGUAACACACAUAUACAUUCACAAACACACUUAGGGCAAUCUUUAAAUGUGUCUUUCACAUAACCAUUUACUGAUAUAAUUUACCAACUGCCCAAUGGCAUUUAUUAGUUUGUUUACAGUCUAAAUUUUCUGUUUUGGACAUGAUCAUAAUAAUUGACCAAAGGUGACAGAUGUAGCAGAUCGAGAUUAGGUUGAAAAACACAGUUUUCCUUUAAGACUACUGGAUGUCGAAUACGGGAUGUAAAAGAACAGCAUAUUAUUAGUAUAUAUGAAGUUUGUAUAAAAUGUAUAUAAGCAUAUCCAGUGCCUUUUCUGUAAAUGUUUUCUUGUGUACAGAAAGUGAGAAAAACAUUAA